UUUGGUAACAGUUUACAAAACCAAGUUUAGGGUUGAUCGUUUUGGACACCAAAGAGGAAACAGUUUGCAUUAUACCUGAGCUUUGUCUAAUGAACCAGACAUGAAGGAUUGGUGGUUUAACCAAACGGAUUAAAUCAGUUAAGAAACAAAUCAAAGUACAGUAUCUAACAAUUAUUUAUGCACCAGUGGUUUGGUUUCUUUAAUGUGGUAGGAGUUUCAUAAAGAAAAAGAAGAUAAAAUGGAACCCUAACUGUUCUAAAAUAUAGAAAUAUAAAGCUAAAAAUAGGUAAUACUAAUUAAAAAAACAGUGCUCUUGUUUUAGAAAUUUCGGUUUGUAAACCUAUUUCUUUCUCCAAAAUCAAGCUUCUGAGAAGGAUGGUGGAGAGAGCAGAAGAGAAAUUUCACAAAACCUCUUCUCUCUCUGCUAUUCAACUUUUUUUCUCUUUUCAAGUUUUUUUUAUAUGACAUGUUUCUUGUGGAACACGGCAAUUCUUUUUCUGUGUGAAAUUAUGGCGACAGAUACGUUCAUCAAGCUGAAUCCAAUCUUCAUUAAUCCCAACCGCUUCAACCUCCGAGAAUGUUCCAACCUAAGCCCUAAAAGCAUCUCUUCUCUGAGCUGCAUUAGCCCAAGACUGAUAUCUUGCAGCCAUGUCAACCCUAGAACAUUGAUCUACGGCGAGAAUGAUAACAUAUUGUUUCCCAAGAAAAAGAUUCCUUCCAUGAUCCGUUGUCAGACGAGUCUUGGGAUUGGAAGGAACCAAAAAUGGUGGGAGAAGGAACUGAAACCUAACAUGAAGUCGGUAACAUCACCUCAAGAUCUUGUCGACUCUCUACUUAAUGCUGGAGAUAAACUUGUUGUCGUUGAUUUCUUCUCUCCUGGGUGUGGUGGAUGCAAAGCUCUUCAUCCCAAAAUAUGUAAAAUAGCAGAGAAGAAUCCAGAGGUGGAGUUUCUACAAGUGAACUACGAAGAACAAAGAAGUCUAUGUCAAAGUCUUCACGUUCAUGUUCUUCCCUUCUUCAGGUUCUACCGCGGUUCCUCAGGCCGCGUUUGCAGCUUCAGUUGUACUAAUGCCACGAUAAAUAAGUUCAAGGAGGCGUUGGAGAAACAUGGGAGGGAACAAUGUAGCAUAGGAAAGACAAAGGGACUUGAAGAGAAAGAACUAGUCGCCAUGGCCACAAAUAAAGACCUGUCUUUCGAUUAUAAACCCAAAAAUAAUGAAGUAAACCGUGAGAUAAAAGAAAAUGACACAAUUAUCCAAAGAUCUCCGACCUCAAAAGAACAAGAUGAAAAACGUUCUCUAGUAAUUAGCCCAGCAGGAAUUGUCUAGCGUCUGUUUUAUUUGGGUACAGUUGCUGUUUUAUUUGUCUGGGAGUUUCAAUCUUAGAGUAUUCGUCCAGUUGGAGGCAUAAUAUUGUGGCUAUAUGUAGAUUAGUGGUUCUCCGUGCUUCACACGGAUUUGUUUUUUUUUUCAUAUAUAUUUUCAACGGGUUAUUGUAUAAUUUUGUUUAAUUUAUAUUAUUAUGUAUUUGUGAU